GAGGCUGUGCCUGCCGGCCGGCACACACCGGGUACGAAGCCAACCCCCGUGGCGGUGACAGCGCCACAGCGACUGGACCAGGUCCCGACUUCACCACCUCGUCCGUGCAGAGCAAGAUGGCUGAUGCAGAGGUGGCAAAAAAAAUGCUGCGGGGCAUCCUGCAGUCCAACAAAGGUGGAGUGUCAUUGUCACACCUGCAGUCAGAGUAUAAGGAGCUGACUGGGGAGCACAUACCACAUAAGCAGAUGGGACACAGCAACCUGGAUGCUCUUCUAGCCAGCAUGCCAUCUUUAGUCCGCAUGGAGCGCAGCCGCUCGGGAGAGGUGGUUUAUUUUGCCUCAGGGGCCAAGGAGACAGGUCAUCUAGCCAAGGUGGUGGCUCGUCAGCGCACAUCCAAGAAGACGGGUCGACCUCACCUUGUCAACACCCAGAUGAGGGUCAAACCAGCUGCCCCGCUUGUCCUCAAUGGUAAAAAGAUGCCCCAAGAGUCAGACGUUCUAAACAAAGAAGGAAGAAACAGGAGGAUGACCCUACCAUCACGGUUUCAGAAAGAGGUGCACGCUCACCUUUCCAGAAACUCCCAGCAGACCGCUCCACCCUCAAACUUAAAUGAGAGCUUUGGUUCUGGGAAAGCAAAGCCCUACAACCCCCAACUGGUCCAAGGUCACAUCAGAGAGAUCUUGGCGAAGUACAGUAAUGGCUUCUGGGUGUCCAAACUGCCUCAGAUGUACAGAGAGCUUUACAAACAAGACCUGCCCACAGAGACCAAACUGCCAGGACAUGUUCUGGUCAACCUCGAUCUCCUCUCUGACAUCUGCACCAUCGACUACCCGAUGCCUGACAACCCCAAGAGGGCCAUCCUGUACAGGCGAAGCAGUACUGGAGGUGGAGGAGGAGAGGACGAGAACUGCAACAGGAGGAACUCUUCAGCCAGUGAGGAGGAGCUGAGGGUGAGGAAGGAGCUGGGGAGGAGGCUCAGUAACCAGGCAGUGCCUCCACUACAGAUCCCCAAAGAGGAGUACCCCUCUGUGCUGGUGGUGGAGGCGACCAACACGAACGGGGUUUUACUCAGGUACAUCGGUGAGGGUUACUCCCAGGCUCAGGAGUCCAUGGAAGAUGAAAUGAGAGAGUUUUAUGGUUUGGACCAAAGCAGCCCAACACCUGUAUCAUCCCUAUCCUCGGGUCAGCUUGUUGCAGUCAGGGCGGAGGAAGAGGAGGAGAUUCUGAGGGCACAAGUCUGUGAGGUCAUGACUGACAAGGUCAAGGUGUAUUAUGUGGAUCAUGGCUUCUCAGAGGUGAUCAGCAAAAACAAAGUGUUUGAACUGCAUGAGAGGUUCUUUAAACUGCCUUUCCAGGCAGCCAAGUGUAAACUGGCAGGCCUUGAGCCAUUCUGUCAGGACCCGGCGGUGCUGAAGAAGUUUGAGACGAUGGCGAGUGGAAAGAUUCUCUUGGCCGAGAUCCUGGAGAGAGGGCAGACCCCUCUGGUUGUCCUGUACGACACGUCGCAGGAUGAUGACAUAAACAUCAACGCUGCCUGCAUGAAAGCUCUGCACGACAAGUCGCUAGCGAGUCCGUUACAGGUCAACAGCGCUUAUAUGAAUGUGGCCAUCAGUAGCGUUUGUUCAGAUGGGACUAUCUACUGUCAGCCUCCCUCCAGAGCUCUUACCAAAAUGAAUGAGACACUGGAGAAAAUAGAGACGUACUUUCACUCACAGGUAACAUCAGAGUUCCUGGUCUCCCGACCUUUUUGUGGGAAAAGAUGUUUGUCUCGCUACAAAGGAAAAUGGUCCCGUGUCGAGAUCACCAACCUUCAUGGCAGCAGAGUGUUGGACAUCCUGUUCAUUGAUGUGGGCGUGCAGGCUUCUGUCGAGGUGUUUGAGCUGAGGGAGAUUCCUUCCCCAUUCCUCCAUGACCUUAUAGCUAUCCCACCACAGGCUGUGAAGUGCUGUCUAGCAGACCUGGCUGUCAGUGUUGGAUCCUGGACUCCAGAUGCUGUGCAGUGGCUUCGAGACAAAGUGUUGAACACCACUGACUGUAGUAUGAAGGUUGCCAAAGUGGAUGAAAAGAAGCGCUGCAUUCACGUCCACUUAUUCACAGACAAGAACUUCCACGACCCGGACCGCAGCCUCAACCGUCAGAUGGCCCAGUCUGAGCUGUUAAAGCAGCAACCAGACGUCUUCCUGACCAGCCACAGCUCUGCCAGGAUUUCCACACCUACUUCAUCCACCAAGACUUCCAGUGCCAGUAACUCCACCAAUGGCAGCCCAACAUCAGCUAAUGUCCCAAUCAAGCCUCACCUCAGGAGGGCUCUGUCGGGACCCAAAGGCAGUGGAGGCGGUGGAAACACCACCACCACCCCCAGCAGCCCGACAGAAACACCAUCAUCCCCCACAUCCUCUCUCCAGCUGCCGCCACCAUUAGAGCUGCCCACUAUAGGAAACAACAUGGAUGUAUACGUAUCUUUGGCGUGCCACCCCGGCCACUUUGUGCUACAGCCAUGGGGAGACAUGUACAGACUGGUAGUGCUGAUGGGAGAGAUGAUUCUCUACUACAAUAAAACAGAGGAGAAACCACUAAAUGUAGAGAAGAAUCAGGUUUAUGCUGCUAAAGUGGAAAACAGCUGGCAUCGUGUGCUGGUGAAGGGAGUUCUGAACAGCGGCUUGGUGUCUGUUUAUGAGUUGGACUAUGGUAAGCACGAGCUGGUCAGCUGCACACAGCUCAGACCUCUGAUCAAAGAGUUCAGGCAGCUGCCGUUUCAGGGAAUCACUGCUCAGCUGGCUGGAGUGAAGCAAAGGCAGUGGUCCGAGGAGGCCUCCAUUGUUUUCCGGCACCACGUGGAGAAGAAGCCUAUGGUGGCCCAGCUGGAGGCAGUACAGGAAGCCACUAACCCAUGGGAGAGGAAGCUGACUGUCUUCCUAGUUGACACUUCCCAGGAAGAAAAGGACACCUGGGUGCAUGACAUCAUGGCUGAGUUUGCAGAUGAGCUGACCAACGAGCUGUAAACAAUAGAGGACCACUGAGAAGUCUUACUAGUCAGAUCCUGUUGAUCAAAGAAGGCGCAGUGUGUCGUGGAUAGAAAACAAUAGAAGAAGCUUAUCUGUCUUUAUCUAUAUACCUACCAUCUAGUUGGAUUAAAGAAAGGAAGAAAGGGGUUUCCUAAAGAGAUGAACAGAGUUUGAGAAGUAAGAAGGGACACUGAGAUGUUUGGCAGCAUGUAGAGGAACGAAGACGACGUGAAGAAAUGAAGGCACCGUAGCUGCUGUAGUGUUAAAGGCUGCACACAGAAGGAUGCUGUGAUGUGAUUUGAGUUACUGCAGUGUGGACAGCAUGCCCAUUCAUGAUGACUAAGUACAUAAUUGAUACAAACAGAUCUACAGUACAAAAAUAAACUGUUAAUUAAAUCAUUAUAACCUCGCAAAGCAGUCAGAAUGGUACAGCAUGCAUUCAAAAUAUUCGGUAUGGGCUUUAAUCCAAAGCAUCCUAAAGCACCAUGACCGGUUUUAGUGUGUGUCAUCCUGGGAAAGCCAGAACACCCUCAAUCCUGCCAAUGUGAGCACCACACAAAGUGAACCGAGCAAGUUCUCUCGCGCACGUACAGUACAUGCACCUGUUUACUAAAUCUGCUUUUGGGAUGGUGCUUCUCAUUGUCACAAAGUGUACAAAAAGUGGAGCAAACAUUCCAGUGAAAGUAGGAGAAAUGGAUGGGAGGUCGUACGAGGGAGAGCAGGAGCUUUUAUUUUGAAAUUACUUCAUGUGCAAAAUAUAAGUAACUGGUAUUCAGUGGAAAGUAUCAAAUUAAUGAUGAGCAUUUUUUAUUUGUCUGCUGAACUUACUGGUGAAAUACAACAGGAUUUAUUGUGGUUUGAAGACAAGUUUUAAAGUGUGGAUGUGUAAAACUUCGGUGUAGGUUUGGGAUUUACAGUUUUAUUAAAAAAUGAAGGAUAAAUAAUGCAUCAAAGCUACAUUGUGACCAGCUCUAAACAAGAUAAAUGUGUAUUUUUAGAAUCUCAAAAGUCUAACAUACGAGAGAAAAUGCAUGACAAACUCCUGAUGAUAACUCCUGUGACGUCAGCGCCUCGUCCAUCUCUGUGCUUUUUCGGGAAUUGGAUUUUUCUGGCUCAUGUUUCCGUUUCUUGCCUGGCAUUGAGACAUAAAUCUCAGCAGAUUACUCGUGCUGCAUGUUACAGAUUCCCUGAGCUACGGUUUAGGUUGACGUUAUAGUAAGAACAAUGAUUACGAUAUUAAUACGCAGAUUACGUUUAAUGUAGUGAUAUAUUUAUAGUUUUAAAUGGAGGAUAAAUUGGGCUUAUGAUUGGGUUCAGUACCACCGCUAAAUGUCGGCCUGAUGUGGGAUUUGAUUCUGAAAUGUGAAACUUUUCUUUCUGAUGAUUUGAAUGUGCAAUUCUAAUUCUGACGAUAGCCGACCUGACAUUAUCUUAUUUAUAUUUAACUUAUAUUCUCUGGAUAAUAAUGAUCACUAUCAUUCCUAUUUUGUUUAACAAUGACCUGGAAACAAUAAAACAGAUGUUUUUGGAAUGAA